AUGAAGCCUGUUGUCUCCACGGGAAAAGCGUACUUCUGUACGGUCUUAUCGGCAUUUGCCGUCGUCAUCUUGUCUGUGAUUGGCUACCUCUUUAAGAUCGGUCACGAGUCCAUGAUGGGUUCUAUCAACGAUCCGGAAGAUGGAGACCAGGUGGCUCAGACCAUCUUCGGCGCAGUCUUCGUGUACUUGGGAUUCUUUGUUUUCUGUGGUUUGCAGGCCUACUUGAUCCAGAGACAAAGCAGAAUCCGUUUGUAG